CGCAUGAAUAAUUAUGUAGAACAUCCGCUUGGCAUUUUGUGCAACUAUACAGAAUAUCAUGAUUUUAUUAAUAAAUUUACAUUUUAUAGCUUAUUGUUAGAUACGUAGCAUAAUUUUCUAUCAAAAAUGAAUGUAGAUCCGAUUGCUUCUGCAAAAGUUUCAUAGACAAAGAAUCGUUUAAAUGUAGAUAAAGAUAUUUCAAAACCGAUACUUUGCUAUCCUCGUGUACAAUUAAACAUUAACAACUACAAUGUAAACAAAAUCUAAGUAUCUCCAUUGCCGGAUAUGUCAUUCAAGUCAAUGAAAUUGUCUCAGAAUUUAUGGUAA